AUGAGUUCCUAUUUUGUGAAUCCCACUUUCCCGGGAAGCCUGCCCGGGGGCCAGGACUCCUUCCUCGGGCAGAUCCCCCUGUACCCGGCGGGCUAUGAUGCUCUCAGGCAUUUUCCGGCUUCGUACGGGGCAAGCAGCCUGCAGGACAAGACUUACACCUCACCUUGUUUCUACCAACAGUCCAACACCGUCAUUGCUUGCAGUCGGGCUUCCUAUGAGUACGGAGCCUCUUGUUUUUAUUCGGACAAGGACAUUAGUAGCGCCUCUCCUUCCGGCAGUGGCAAACAGAGAGGGCCCGGGGACUACCUGCACUUUUCUCCCGAUCAGCAGUACAAAACCAGCGGCGGCCAAGCCAAAAUUAUAAAUGACGAAGGCACCGACCGGAAGUACACGAGCCCUGUUUACCCCUGGAUGCAGCGGAUGAACUCCUGCGCUGGUACAGUAUAUGGAACACAUGGGAGACGAGGGAGGCAAACUUACACCAGAUACCAAACGCUAGAGUUAGAGAAGGAAUUUCAUUUUAACAGAUACUUAACCCGAAGACGACGUAUUGAGAUUGCAAACGCUCUCUGCCUUACUGAACGCCAGAUUAAAAUAUGGUUUCAAAACAGGCGGAUGAAAUGGAAAAAGGAAAACAAAUUCAUAAAUUCCACACAGCCCAGCAGCGAAGAAACAGAGGAAAAGUCAGGGGAGUAG